UGGUGCACCUCAAAACUUAUUCAGUGCUGAAUGUAUGUUGUACUCACGAUUGUUUUCCUUUACUUCAUAACAGAUGGACAGAUAGAAUCUGGACCUCAAAUAGAGACAGGCGGACUGGAAAGACGCGUUUCGACAGUGACGGUGGAUGGGCUAAUCCCUCGCGAGGCUUCGUCACCACUCCGGCCGGUGCGGCCCAUGGACCUGCGUACCCAGGGGCUGGUGCGACCCGGGCCGGACUCAGCCAUGCUGGCCCCCCACCUCCCCCCAUUCCUGGGGGCCUUCUCAGCCCAGCACUGUGCCAAGUACUCCCAGCAGCUGUUGCCACAGCACAUCCAGUACGAGUUUGACAGGGAGCAGAGUCGGCAGGAGAAAGAGCAGGAGAAGAGACAGGAGCUGCAGCAGCUGAUGCACAAGGACAAGAGCGAGCAGAGUGCUGUGGCCAGUCCCCUGGUGAAACAGAAACUCAGAAGCCAAAUCCUGAAGAGGAAGGAGCAGGCCGCCCUGGAGAGGACCGCCUCCAACCUCUUCGGCAGCACCACGCCCAGGGGUUACAGGGAAUUGGCCCCAGAUCCUGACAUGACCCCAAAGCCUCACAUGGUGACUCCUGAUGUCCAUCAUCCACUAUGUGACCAACGCAAGGACAUGCCCCUCAGAAGAACAGCCUCGGAGCCCAUCCUGAAGGUGAAGAGUAAACUGAAGAAGCACAUCAACUCCAGACAGAACCCUCUCCAACGCAAAACCAGUGCUCCCCCUACUGUCAAGCACAGAACGCCGGACACUCAGGACUAUUCCCCCAGCAGCAGUAGCACUCCAGUGUCGGGGUGCAGCUCGCCCAAUGACAGCCUCCUCUCGGAUAGCCCGCUUACUACCGGACUGGCCCACGAGGCUCAGAGGUUGCUGCUCCAGGAUGGCACACUGGCCCACUUCUCCUUGCCCUGCUCCACCGCCCUGCCCACCAACAGCGCCAGGCUGCCCACCCAGGGUGACAGGGAGUCGGGUAGCCACCAGAGAGUGGCCAGGGUACUGCCCCAGGUCUACCUGCCCAUGGAGGGCCUCAGUGCUGCCCAGCUGGCUCACCAACGCCUCCAGCCCCUGCUCAUCCUGGAGCCCUCAGUGCUGCUACACACACAGCUAGUCACUGUGCGAGGCCUGAGCCCUGGCCCUCUCCAGUACCCCUCCUCCAGACUGGAAUGCCUGGCUCCCCCGGGCCCCCACAGACCCCUGGGUCGGACCCGCUCUGAGCCCCCCCUGCACUCUCACCACCACCAGCACCAGUUAAUGCAGCAGUACCACAACGCACUGCUGCUGGAGAGACUCAAACAGAACACACACCUGGGCAAGCUCAUGACCAAGUCCAGUGAGAAGUCUCGUGUCACACAGAUCCCCUCGAAGGACAUGGACCCGGCGGAGACCGGGCCUGGGGACGGCUACCAGAGGAGAAGACAGAGUGGGACCAGUAGCACUGAGUCAAUGUGGGACACAGAGUCCACCUCCUCAGGCGAUUACCUAGGAGAUCACACCAUGGAACACACACCUCUGAUGAAUCAGUCAUUUCGUUGGGAGCAGCCCAGGCACCUGACAGACAGGCGUAGACAAGCGACCCACCUGGACCCCCUGGGUGUGCCCGUGGUUCUGGGCCCUGCCCACCGCCCCCUCGGUCGCGCCCAGUCCUCCCCCGCCUCCACCUCUCUACCCCCUCCUCCACGGCCCACGGACACUCCACAGUCUCUGGCCGGCCCUGGUCCGGAGACCACCGCCAAGCUACGCUUCACCACUGGUCUGGUGUAUGACUCUCAGAUGCUGAAGCACCAGUGCACCUGUGGCGACAACAGCCGACACCCCGAGCAUGCAGGAAGAAUCCAAAGCAUCUGGUCCAGACUUCAGGAGAGAGGCCUCAGGAACCAGUGUGAGUGUAUCCGGAGCAGAAAGGCAACUCUGGAGGAGCUUCAGUCUGUCCACUCUGAGAAACACGUCCUGCUGUACGGCACCAACCCACUCAACCGCCUCAAACUGGACAACCGCAAGCUGGCUGGAAUCUUAUCUCAAAGGAUGUUUGUGAUGCUACCAUGUGGAGGAGUUGGAGUGGACAACGAUACGAUCUGGAAUGAGACACACACGUCGACGGCGUCUCGCUUGGCGGCAGGCAGCGUGACGGAACUGGCGCUCAGGGUAGCACAGGGAGAGCUGAAGAAUGGCUUUGCAGUGGUGAGGCCCCCUGGACACCAUGCAGCCCGCUCUACCCCCUUGGGUUUCUGCUUCUUCAACUCCGUGGCCAUCGCAGCCAAGCAGCUCCAGCACAAACUCAGCAUCAGCAAGAUCCUCAUUGUGGACUGGGAUGUUCACCAUGGCAACGGUACCCAGUCAGUGUUUUACAACGACUCCAGCGUGCUGUACAUCUCCCUGCAUCGCUAUGACAAUGGCAACUUCUUCCCCGGUAGCGGUAACCCAGCCGAGGUUGGAGCAGGAGCAGGUGAGGGCUUCAAUGUCAAUGUGGCGUGGACGGGAGGCUUGGACCCUCCCAUGGGCGACGCUGAAUACCUGGCGGCAUUCCGGACUGUGGUGAUGCCGAUUGCCCACGAGUUCUCUCCUGACAUGGUGCUGGUCUCAUCUGGUUUCGAUGCCGUCAAGGGACAUCCGGCGCCGCUGGGGGGCUACAAAGUGUCGGCCAAGUGUUUUGGCUUCCUGACACAUCAGCUGAUGGGGCUGGCGGGGGGCCGGGUUGUCAUGGCCCUGGAGGGGGGUCACGACCUCACGGCCAUCUGCGAUGCAUCGGAGGCCUGCGUCCGCAUCCUGCUGGGCACUCAGGUGGAGCCCCUGUCUCAAGCUGUUCUGGAGAGGAGACCCUGUCGCAACGCUGUCCUCUCUCUACAGCGAGUCAUACAGGCCCAGGGUGAGUACUGGCGGUCGUUGAGGGCAGUGGCCCACACAGUGGAUCAGUCCUACCUGCAAGCCCAGGGACAGAGUCUGAGACGGAACUCAGAGGACCACAACAACACAGUGUCCGCCAUGGCCUCUCUCUCCAUGGCCUCUCUCUCCAUGGCCUCUCUCUCCAUGGCCUCUCUCUCCAUGGCUAGCCUCGCCACAGACAGAGAUGAACUCAUGGAGGGGGACUGUGACUCCAUGUAGACAAGUGCACUUUCUGAUAAACCUAUCACACAGACAAACACACUGUCCUCCACUGUCAUCCACUGUCAUCCACUCGGCGCUGCUUCACUUGACCAGAAUCCACUGCCUCCAGUUGUCACUAUACGGACCACAUUCUGACCUCAAUAGUCAAACUGACUAGUGUACGCCUCACACACUCCUACACCUCAUCGGAACACAGUACAACUGGCCUUACUAAGACCACUCGCCUGCUUCGACCGCAACUUAACCACACACUGAGAAGACAUCCCAUUAACAGGGACCAAGAGGAAGGACAAUGAACACUUGUGUUCUUGACAUGCCACUCCGUGCCUUUCCGGGUGUGUUACUCCUCCAUUACCAUGUAACAUUGUGAAUUGUGAGGACACAAUUGAAUUGUGAGGACACACAGAAGGAGAGGAGCACCAGACCUGAGCAGAAACUGGAAGGGUGAAAUAUACACCCUUACUCCAAACCGCUUUCAAACACCACUGGGAAGGUUACGACUUGACUUGUAUCAUGAAGUGACUUGACAAAGACCAGCUAGACAGCUGGCUGUAAACAGAGUCUCUCUGGGGAAAAGGACAACUUUUUGUUGCCUUGGUCACAGGUUACCGCGGAGCAUCGCCAGGCCGAAUCACAAAAGGAAGUAGGAAGUUGUCCCACGUCCCCACAGGAAGUCACUAUGAAGGAAAACAGACAUUGGACACUCACCAGGGGACACCUAAAACGCAUCUCAUUCCGAUGAUGUCAUUCGUAUUUAUGCGUCGCCAACCAAAUGAAGAAAAAGAGAGAGAGGAGACUGAGAAUUUUGUUCAGACUUUUUUUUGCACUGUGCAUUUUGUCAUGUGAACCAAGGAGAGAAUGACAGUAUAGACCCCAUUGAAGCUCUCCUGGGAUUGGUGAUAAAAAAACAUAUGAAUGAUCAUACUUGUGUUUUUAAGCUGAUUGAAUUAUUGUAAGUUUUAUCGAUUGCAUAUUGUAUUGCAAAUGUCAAUACAUAAUGGUCAUAUUUUUUUAUCAUCACAUAACGAACCCUAUGAUUCAGGUGCAUGGAUACCUGUGCAAAGCAUAUGCCCCUUUUCCCUUCCAGUCUUCAAAGUGGCCUUUUGGGUGGUGGUAUAAUUUCCCCCCAAAAUGUAUUUUUUGUAAAAAAUAAAAAAAUCAAUUGUGGUUCAGAACCAAGUCAUUGUGACGUCGUCAAGUUCGCCACCCCACACGCCCGUCCAUUGGUUGUGUCAACCCACACGCCCGGUUGUACCAGUUUCCCAGUCUGCCAUGUACAGAGAUUUAACAAUACUACUGGCCCUACUAUGCUCAAAAAUGUAAACGUUUUCACAACAGAGGCAUUUGUAUGUUAGGAAUUUCAAGAUAUGAAUUAGUAUUAUUUUUUUUGGUGGGGGGUGCAUUUUUUUGGGGGGGAGCACCUGCCCCCUGAAAGGUCUGAGCAUGGCCCUGAGGUUUUUAUAGUUGUUUUUCUUCUAUAGGACAGAAAAACAUGCAAAGUGAAGGUAAGACCUUUUUAACACUCCCUUUCAGACAGCAGUUGUUAUUAGGAAUGAAUCAUAUGAUCAGUGAGACAAUUCAAUCAGGAAACACAGACAGUCGGCUCAAACGUUCCAAAGCUGUUUCAGCCAAUUACACACACCGCCAUACUGUACGGAGAAGUCCUACUCUAUGCUUGACCACACACAAAAUAAAUGUUUAUGGAUGUCAAAAUCAAAUCAAAAUGUAUUGGUCACGUACACAGAUUUGCAGGUGUUAUAACAGGUGCAGCGAAAUGCUUAUUCACUACAGCCACAAUAACAUCUUCUAAAUAUGUGUAUGUGACCAAUAACAUUUGAUUUGACUAGCUCCAACAGUGCAGUAGAAUGUCAUACAAAUACAAUACAUAUAUACAAAUAAUCAAAACAAGAAAUAAAGAAAUGACAGAACGAGAACAAACAAUAUCCCAUAAUGACGAAGCAAAAACAGUUAUUUAGACAUUUUUGCAAAUGUAUUUUAAAAAAACGAACUGAAAUAUCACAUUUAAAUACGUUUUCAGACCCUUUACUCAGUACUUUGUUGAAGCACAUUUGUCAGUGAUUAAAUCCUUGAGUCUUCUUGGGUAUGACGCUACAAGCUUGCCACACCUGUAUUUUGGGAGUUUCUCCCAUUCUUCUCUGCAGAUCCUCUCAAGCUCUGUCAGGUUGGAUGGGAAGCGUCACUGCACAGCUAUCUUCAGGUCUCUCCAGAGAUGUUCGAUCAGGUUCAAGUCCGGCCACUCAAAGACAUUCAGAGACUUGUCACGAAGCCACUGCUUCGUUGUCUUGGCUGUGUGCUUAGGGUCGUUGUCCUGUUAGAAGGUGAACCUUCACCCCAGUCUGAGGUCCUGAGCACUCUGGAGCAGGUUUUCAUCAAGGAUCUCUCUGUACUUUGCUCUGUUCAUCUUUCCCUCGAUCCUGAUUAGUCUCCCAGUCCCUGCCACUGAAGAACACCCCCCCCCCAGCAUGAUGCUGCCACCACCAUUCUUUACUGUAGGGAUGAUGCCAGGUUUCCUCCAGACUUGACAAUUGGCAUUCAGGUCAAAGAGUUCAAUCUUUGUUUAGUCAGACCAGAGAAUCUUGUUUCUCAUGGUCUGAGAGUCCUUUAGGGACCUUUAAACCCAAGCAGGCUGUCAUGUGCCUUUUACUGAGGAGUAGCUUUCGUCUGGCCACUGUACCAUAAAGGCCUGAUUGGUGGAGUGUUGCAGAGAUGGUUGUCUUUCUGGAAGGUUCUCCCAUCUCCACAGAGGAACUCUGGAGCUCUGUCAAAGCUCCAAUUGAAUUUACCACAGGUGGAAUCCGAACAAGUAGAAACAUCAAGGAUGAUCAAUGAAACAGGGCUCAAUUUCGAGUCUCAUAGCAAAGGGUCUGAAUACUUAUGUAAAUAAGGCAUUUUUUGUUGUUGUUUUAAUACAUUUGCAAAAAAUGAUAAACAACUUUUUUUCCCGCUUUGUCAUUAUGGGGUAUUGUGUGUAGAUUGAUGAGGGAAAUGUUUAUUUAAUCCAUUUUAGGAUAAGGCUGUAACACAAUAAAAUGUGGAAAAAGUCAAGGGGUCUAAAUAGUUUCCCGAAUGCACUGUACAUGGGGCAUUAGUCUCAAGGUGCAGGGUAGAUUACCGGGCAGGUAGCCGGCUAGUGAUGGCUGUUCAACAGUCUGAUGGCCUGGUGAUAGAAGCUGUUUUUCAGACUCUCGGUACUGUCUCUGUCUGUUAGAUGGUAGCAGAGUGAACAGACUGUGGCUCAGGUUGCUGAAGUCCUUGAUGAUCUCUUUGGCCUUCCUUUGAUACUGAGUGUUGUAAAUGUCCUGGAGUACAGACAGCAUGGCUCUGGUUAUGCGUUGGGCUGACUGCAUCAACCUCUGGAGAACCAUGGAGUUGAGGGCGGUGCAGGUGCCAUACCAGGCGGUUAUGCACCGCGACAGAAUGCUCUCAAUGGUGUAUCUGUAGAAGUGCUGAUUUUCUUCAGCCGCCUGAGAUUGAAGAGGCGCGGUUGCGCCUUCUUCACUAUGGUGUCGGUGUGGUGGGACCAUUUCAGGUCCUCAGUGAUGUGCAUGCCAAAAAAACGUUUGACCCUCUCAAAGCUUUUGACCCUCUCAAAUGCAGCCCCGUCGAUGUGGAUGGAGGUGUGCUCCCUCUUCUGUCUCUUAUAGUCCACGAUCAGCUCCUUUGUUUUUUUACAUUGAGGGAGAGGUUAUUUUCUUGGAGGGCACUAAUGGUGUUGAAAGCAGAGAUAAACAACAUUCUCACAUAGGUAUUCCUCUUGUUCACGUGGGAUAGGGCGGUGUGCAGUGCAACGGUGAUCGCAUCAUCCGUGGAUCUUUUUAGGGUGGUAUGCAAAUUGUAAUUGGUCUCGGGUGUCGGAUAAGGUGGAAGUGAUAUGGUCCUUGACGAGACUCUCAAAAUACUUCAUGAUGAGUGCUAUGCUAAUACUUCAUAGGUGAGUGCUAUGGGGCGAUAGUCAUUUAGUUCAGUUAUCUUAGCUUGCUUGGGUACAGGAACAAUGGUGGACAUCUUGAAGCAAGUGGGGACAACAGACUUGGAUAGCAAGUGGUUGAAUAUGUCUGUAAACACUCCAGCCAGCUGGUCUGUUAUGCACUGAGGACGCAGAUUGGUAUGCUGUCUGGGCUGGCAGCUUGCAAGGGUUAACAUAAAGUUUAAAAAAUAUAUAUUAUUAAUAAUGGUGCUGGGUUUAACGCAGAUUAUUAAAACAGUUGAAUGGACUUCAGAUCAGUUACUAUAAAUGAGUUGUUUAACUAUGGAUGGCACUUAAAAGUUGUAUGUAGACAACACCGGACUCACAAAAAAGAAAUGCACUUACGAUGUAUUGGAAUUGUGCUUUAGUAAAAUGACCUAUUCUUGACGUGUAUUCCACUCUGGUGAUGCCUUCUUUUUUUUAUUGUUGUUCUGUUGUGAUUUCACAAAGACCAGUGUUUUAACAUGUGGAUUGAUUGACAUGCUGCUCUAUUUUAUAUAUCCUAUAGGCUGUAUUUCUUGAUACUUGCUUUUCUACAAAUCUAAAAGACAGGUGAACUAGGAUUUGUUCACAUCUGAAACCACUCUAUUUACAAAAACAGUCAAUGAUUUUUGUUCCUGGACCAAAGUGCUGUUGGACAGUUAGCAUUUAGCCGUCGGAGUUAGCUUGUUGAGCUAGUUGACUUUCCAUGUAGAACAAUUGGACACAGGUUGAGAGAAAUAAAAGCCGAAAAGUCUUAUAGGAACAUUAUGCCAGUCGUGGACUGGUAGGGCCUCUGAGCAUAACUUCAAAGAUUCUUGUGAAUUCCUGAUAGUAAUUGUAUCUAAACAGAGAUUUUGCAGCUAAAUAUCACCAAAGAAGGAUUAAAAACUGCUUACAUUUCUUGUUGGCCCUUUCCAUGAGAUAAUGAUGUAAUAGAUGUCUAUGUUGUCCUUUUAAUUCCUUUGCAGUGCUGUGCUUAUGUAUUGUGUUUUAUGAAAAUCUGAUGGUGCUACAGGUUCAUUUCAACUAUCAUGUUAUAGUUUAUAAUGGUGCUGUAUAAUAUACAUUAUACAACCAAGACCGUACACUCUUAGAAAAAGGGUUCCAAAAGGGUUAUUCGGUUGUCCCCAUAGGAUAACUAUUUUUGAUUCCAGAUAGAACCCGUUUUGGUUCCAGGUAGAACCCGUUUGGGUUCAAUGUAGGACCCUCUGUGGAAAUGGUUCUACAUGGAACCCAAAAAGGUUCUACCUGAAACCAAAAAUGUUUCUUCAAAGACUUCUCCUAUGGGGACAGCCUUUUAGGUUCUAGAUAGGACCUUUUUUUUGAAGAGUGUACUUGACAAGACCCUGCAAUAUAUGUAUGAUAUUAAUGACAUUGACAAUGUGAAAAUGACAUCAUUGAGAAUGAAAUAAUACAUUUACCUAUGAUCAAGUAGAACAAAAUGGCCACCACAAAUACAUUCUUGAUAUCUUUUUCAGAAAGGUCCUAUUUCAUAUUUUAUUGUGGUUUAUUUCCGGUUUAAUUAAAUUCUUCUGAGAAUAUUUGUGUUCUGUAAAUGUAAUUCUAUUUUUUGAGAAUCAACAAUCCCUUUAAUCCCUUUAAUUGUCUUAAUAUGAAUGAUUGCUCUUCCUCUGAGUGGUUGGUUAUUGAUGUUGUCGAUAGCUACUGAGACCAAAAUACAGACAUCCUGUGCUUUGAAUUAUACUGACAAACCUAUAGAAAGGACGCUUUAUUGAACUGAAUCUUAAUUUAGAAAACAAGCCAAGUAGAGAUUAGAUAGGGAUUUUCUUCUCACUGUUUGUCUUUAUUGGUUUGUACUUGUACAGUAAAAAAUAAUGUUGUGUUUUGUUUUUUUUUCUAUAUUUUUUUCUAUAAACUGUUUUCCUCAAUAAAAGGGUAAUUCAA